CGUUGAGAGUUGCAGCUCUCUCUCUCCCUCGCUUUCACCCGCCCAGCCAUGUGAUUGGAGAGUUUCCCCGGUUGCCUGGCGGAAGUAGUCGGUAGUCAAGGGGCGGGGAUCCGCAGAGUUUGUAUGCUGAGAGAAGCGGCAAAGGGGCAGCCAGCGGCGGGUGACAGUUCAUUCCAGUGACCAGGGCUGACAGCUCAUCGAUUGGUCGGUGCGGGCUGAUCCAUCUCUCCAGGUGUACGUGCUUUCUUCCCGAUCCAGACAUGGGCUACCGAUCAGACCAGCUGCUCAUCGUCGUCUCCAUAUUGGAAGGUAGACAUUUCCCAAAGCGCUCCAGGCAUAUGCUUGUGAUUGAAGCCAAGUUUGAUGGUGAGCAACUUUCUACAGACCCAAUACCUCAUUUAGAGCAGCCACAAUUUGCUACUGAAUUAGCAUGGGAACUUGACAGGAAAGCUCUUCACCAGCACAGGCUGCAACGAACUCCAAUCAAACUGCAGUGCUUUGCCUUGGAUACUUUAACAUCUGCAAAAGAAUCAAUUGGAUAUGUCGUUUUAGACUUGAGAUCGGCUCAGGAAAUCAAACAAGUUCCAAAAUGGUAUUCUUUGUUAAGCAGCAAGUACACAAAAUUUAAGCCAGAAGUGCAGCUUAAUAUUGGAUUGGAAACUGACACCAAGCCUGCAGCGGAGACCUUUAAAGCUAAAGAGGCUCCUCCUCGAAGCACUAAAGUGUCACAUGGCAGUAUUGAUCCUAAGAGUCUUGUACCUAUUUUAAAUGAAGCAGAGAGCUACCAUCAGAUUGGGCCCGUGGAACAUUGUAAGGAUUACUUUGUUUUGUCUGUAACCAUUGCCUUUGCCACACAACUGGAGCAGUUAAUUCCUAGCACUUUAAGACUUCCUGAACCACAAUCAGAAUUUUUCUUCUACUAUUCUUUGCUGGGAAAUGAUGUCACCAAUGAACCUUUUACAGACCUGGUCAAUCCAGAUUUUGAGCCAGAGAGGGCCUCUGUCAGAAUCCGUAGUAGCACUGAAGUGCUCUGCCUUUAUCUUUCUGUUCAGCCGAAACUUCAGAUUCAUUUAUGUUGUGGUGAUCAGUCUCUUGGCAGUACAGAUAUUGCUUUGACAGAACUGCUAAAGAAGGCCAGCACAGAAAUGGAGCACCACCCUGUAGUUGUUGAAGGUGCUUUUAUCCUCACCCCACCUAAUAGGGCCAAGCAGAACAUAUCAUCUGUGCCGGUGGAAAGUUCCCCAACAAUUGGAGUAUCUAUAAGUCUGCAUAAAGAGGCCAGCCUACAGUCUUCACACCAUUUUAAUGAAAUGAGGGAGAGUGUUGCAGCAAGGAAAGAUCCAUCAACGCCACAGAAAAAUUCACAAAACGUGCCAGCUCAGCCUCCAAUUUUUAGUGAUUCCCCUCCAACCAAAGAUGAAGUCACAGACAAUGAUAUGGAAAGCUUAAAGUCUGUGCAAGCAGAGCCUGCUCCUUCUCAGACACAGACCAGGCCAGAGUUUUCAGCACUUUCUGAGCUUCCUCUUCCAGGUGUUCACUCCCCACCACCUCGACCACGGAGCGCUCCAGAAGCUGUCCGGAGUCUGUCUGAAUCUACUUCUGGACAGAAGAUUGCAGUUCCACCAGCGGCACACCAUUUCUGCUUUUCGCUUGACCUUCGAAGUAUCCAUAAUGUUGAUGUUGGGUUCCCUGUAAACUGCAUACUAAGGUAUUCGUACCCAUUUUUUGGGAGUGCAGCCCCUAUAAUGACUAAUCCUCCAGUGGAAGUUCAUAGGAAUAUGGAGGUUUUUCUUCCUCAGUCUUACUGUGAUUUCGAUUUUGCAGCCAUGCCCCAAAAACUUCAGGAGACAUUUUUAAGACUGCCUCUUCUAGUUGAGUUUUGGCACAAAGAUCGACUUGCUAAGGAUCUUCUGCUUGGAGUGGCGAGACUUCAGUUGUCAAAUGUUUUAACCUCCGAGAAAACUCGUUUUUUAGGGCCUCAUGGGGACCAUUGUUGGAGACAAACCUGUAUUGGGAUGGCCCCUUUUAUGGCUGUAGAAGGAUCAAAUGGCAAAGUAGCUGAUCUUUCAUUCACCAUAACUGUAGCAGAUUAUGGGCUUGUGAAGGUACGAGAGGUGGUCGUUUCAGAAUCAUCUCAGAGUGCAGCUGUUCAGAAUCCUCCUCCAGUACAGCCUCCAGCAGAACCUGCAGCAGAACCCCGUGAGACUCUUGAGUACAAAGCUGUUCUGCAGCUGGAAGCAUGGAAAGAAACCCAAGAAGAAAUAUUUGCUAGCCAGUUGAAGAAGAAAGAGUUGGCUCACAUACAAGAUCUAGCAGAACAGUGGAAUCGGAGAGACAAAGAGAGGGAAGCAAUAGUGAAGAAAAAGGUUGCUGAAUGUACAGCUCUGCAAGAGCAAUUACAAAAAACUCUGGCAGAUGUAGAAAAGAGAGAGCGUCAGCUUGCCAGCGAUGAAAUUGAGUUCAACAAAGCAAGAGCAGAACUUCAGUUAGAGCGUGAACGGAGCGUUCAGGAAAGGCAGGACUCAAUCAGGCGAGUCCGAGAAGAUUGUCUUCAUCAAAUGGAGCUGGAGAGGUUGAAGAUUAAACCGCUGGAAGAGGAAAAGCUCCGACUGCAGCAUCAGCUUCAAGAGGCAGAACAUAAGUUUAAAUUACUGGACAAGGAGUUUCAUCAGUACAAAGAGCAACAAAGCAGUAAACCAGAAAUCCGAUUGCAGUCUGAGAUCAAUCUUCUCACACUAGAAAAGGUUGAAUUUGAAAGAAAAUUAGAGUCUGCAACAAAGUCUAAACUGCACUAUAAGCAGCAAUGGGGAAGAGCCUUGAAGGAGCUAGCGAGGAUAAAACAGCGGGAGCAAGAGAAUGCUAUGGCACGUCUAAAGAAGCAGCAAGAAGAACUGGAGCAAAUGAGACUGCGUUAUCUGGCAGCAGAAGAGAAGGACAUAGUGAAGAAUGAACGCCUGGAGCUAGAGGAGAUCAGGAACGAACUAAAUAGGUUAAGACUACAAGAUGACAGAAAGCAAGCCCCUGAUACUGGAAAUGUUGCUGAUCCAAGAUUGGCCUUUUCAGGGUCCCACAAACAAGAUGAAGGUUUGGAUGACUUUUUAUCUCGGCUAAUUGAAGAAAGGGACACCUUGUUAAGGACGGGAGUGUAUACUCAUGAAGACCGAAUCAUUAGUGAACUGGAUCGUCAGAUCAGAGAAACCAUGGCAAAAAGGAGCAUUAGAUAGUGCUUGUUUAUUUGACCACAUAAUAUUGGUCACUAAUAAUACUGUACAUAGACUUUGCAGUGGGUUUUCUUCUUCUUUUUUUUUUUUUUUUUUAACACAAGAUAUGUAUUUUUGUAAUUUUUUUAACUUAAGUUUGUAUUAAAUACCUGUUUUAUUUAUAACAUUUAUAUUGCUAUGUUCUGUACAUUUGCAUUUUGUUCAGUUUGUUUUUGAAUGAAUGUGCAGUAGCUGAAAGAAUUGCAUAUAGUUGUGCCUUGAAAAGUAUAAAUUUUGUUUCCUAUGAUUUCUUAACAGUUCUUAUUAAAUUUGUAUGCAAAUUA